UUAGAGGCCUUUGAGUCUUUGCUUCGCUUUGCUGAAAAUCGCACAAGUUCCCUGUUUGAGACAGCUUACAGACCCAUGGCAAAAGAAGCAGCAGAGCCUGUUAAGGAGCUUUUUACAGACAUCUCUCUCUACAUUCUGGGCGCAGAGACUACAGUGGAAAGUGCAGUAUUGCGGUUCUUUGACAGUCUCUUUCCUCUGGUGUAUAGUCGGCUAAUAAACCCAGGAAUUACAGAUCUGUCAGAGGACUAUACAGAGUGUCUGCGGCUCACAAGGCAAGACAUAAAUCCUUUUGGACACUAUUCUAAAAACAUGGUUACAGAGCUGUCAAAGUCUCUUUGGGCCAGUAGGAUGCUCAGCCAGGCCCUGAGCCUGGGCAUUGAAGUGAUAAAUACUACUGAACACGCUGCUCUGACGAAGGAGUGCAGCAGAGCCCUGGUGAAGAUGCAGUACUGCCCGCACUGCCAGGGCCUGACGCUCAUCAGACCCUGCGUCGGCUACUGCCUGAAUGUGAUGAGGGGCUGCCUGGCCAGCGUGUCAGAGCUGGAUGCACAGUGGAGGGAGUACAUCUCCACGCUGGAAUAUCUGACUAAUGAAAUGGCUGCCUCCCACGACCUGGAAAUUGCACUGUCGGGAAUGUGGAACUCCAUCAACGAAGCCAUCCUGCACGCACAGCUCAAUGGGCCUCAGCUCUCUGCCACAGUUGAUAAAGUGUGUGGGCAGCCCAGACAACAAGAAGGGAACUUGUCCUCGGCCAACAUAGUGCCAGUGAAGGAAGUGACUCAAGCCCAGACGUUGGUGAUGGCUCACACCAGCCUGAACAAUAAAAGAAGUUCUCUGCCUCUGAAAGCUUCAAAGAAUGACAAAUCAAGAAGUUUGAAAAAAAUCUCUCGAGAGUUCAUCAAUUACAUGAAGCGAUCCCGCACCUUUUAUGCCUCGAUAGCAGAACGUCUGUGCGAUGGAGACCUGGUCAUGAGGGACAGCUCGACCUGCUGGAACGGAGAGGAUGUUGUAGAAAGUUACACCAGCAGAGUUGUUUCCAAUGGACUGAAGGCACAAAUUAAUAAUCCAGAACUGAAAGUCAGAGGAUUGGACCCACUCAUCAGUAAUUUAAUUGAUAAACUUCAGCACUUUAAUCAACUGGAUGCUGAGAAGGCAAAAUUGAAACUCGAAAGAUGGGCUUCCCGAGAUGCUGGAAGUGGAGGAGGAAGAAGUGGAGAGGUGGAGUCAAGUGGAGAUUGUGAUGAUGAGGAUGGUUGUCAAGGAUCUGGGGACAGGAUCCACACAGCAGAUAUACUCAAGGACAAGAAAACCCAUCCAGAAAACAGAAAUGAACCAAAACCAACUGUGAAAAAGAUGGACACCACAACCACCAGAAGCACUGUCAAGUCAUCCUCCAAACACAGUGUAGCUGGAAGUGGGAGCAGCCCAGCCCUGAGCCCCUCCCUUGUUGUUUUAGCAGCACUGGCAGUUCUGUGGCAUUGUCUGCUGUAGCUGUGUUGCCUUGCAGCCACUGUGCUACUGCUUUUGUUCACUGUCCUUUAUACCUGCAGCCUUACCCAACAGAAAACAAAACUAAAUGGCUCUCUAGUUUAUGUGGAAUGUUAGAAUAAAUAUGAAAUGCUAUGCUGGAGUUGGCAGAUUUAAGUGUCAUCACUUA